AUGGGUGGCCAUGUAGCUAUUAUUGAACCGGGUUCAAAUGUCUCUUCAGCUAAAAGUCUUUUCACUCUUAUCGCGCAGAAAUUUAUUUCGGAUGAUGAGGACUUUAGCGAAUCUACUUCUGCACAAGCGUUCCUUAAGAAGCUUCCUCCUUCUCUCAGGUCUUCCUUAGCUGCAGUUUCUGCGUGGUACUACAUGGAUGUAUAAUCUCUGUUGAACAAAGGGCCCCUUGUUAUCGUUAUUCCAGCCAUAGAGAAGGUUCCAAAUCACGUUUUACAAAAAUUGGUACGGGUAACUUCGCUCUACGUGCAGAAGCAACAGAAUCAACGUCGUCUUCCCAUCUUCUUCGUCUUCGGUUUGUCGAGCACUGAGGAACUUGCCCUUGACACCCAGUUCGAUGCUCAAACACUCGCUUGUCUUGCUAUUCGCCGUUUCAAACUUCCUCCACCGGUAGUAUUCACGAAAUCCCUUUUUGAUGAACUAUUCAAUAUCCCUGGAUUCCGUGCUUCUCGACAAGUGGUUCGUUAUUUGAUUCAGCAGAUUCAUAAUUGUAUGGACUUUUCAGUGGCCAAUUUACUUAAUCACUACAAGCUGGCCAUGCACAAGCAUUAUCUCACUCUCCGGCAACCGAACUUUCUGCUUCCAAUUGAACCUUUGGAGAAUUAUAUUGGCUCACUGAAAGAGGAAAAUUUAUCCAGUAUUCUCUCCGAAUUCCGUUCGUUUGUCCACUUCAAGGAGGAUCAAGAGAAUAAGUGGGCUAUGAGUGCCGUAGCUAAUUUGGUUGUUCCAUCUCUCGACAAUAUUUCACCUCGCAAUAAGCUGAUUGGCAUGCUCUCUGUGCAUUGGCUUCUACAGCUUAUUUUCCCCUUUAUCUUAAAGUGGGUUUUCGUUCUUUUUAAAGAUCUGCAUGGAUAUUCAGAAAAUGAUUACGUGAGUACUGCUUGUGCUUACAUGCCUGGAAUGUCUGGGCUCUAUUGUGAUUGGAUGGCUGGUCGACUUCUUAACAAGGAGCUCAUUCAAAUGUUCAAUGCUCUCGAUGCAAAGCAUAUAAUUGCUGCCAUGGAGUCCUCUAUUUGCCAACUCACAGCGUCUGUGGAUAUUCUCAAAUCUCUGGAAUCCACCGAAGAUCUGAAAGAACAAGGUCACAGUGCAUUUCGGGAUGAUCCAUUCUGGGCUCCUUUCCUCCCUCCGGCGAUCUCAUUACUCUCAGAACUGCAUAGUGCCGUUAACGACUGGCUCCAUCGUCUCAAUUCUGCUUCUUCUGCACCAACACAACCCGCUGCUUCGAAGGUUGAACAACCAGCUCCAGAGCUACGCAAACGAAUGACGCUAAAGGAAUUAAAGGAGAAAUUGUUGAAACCUCGACUCAGUGAAAGUGAUGUCUCUCCAAAGGCAUCUAAAGGUCCCAAGACAUGGUCGGCAACGGUACACGAAUUCACAGAAUGGAUAUGCAUGGUUCUUUCUCCCCGUGGAGAUAAUCCCCACUCCGUGUUCCCGUCGCCUCUUACUCUGCCAAUGCAUGAAGUUUUCUAUGGAUCCGCUGAUGCCGUAUCUGUUGCUGAUUUCAAACGUAACGUGGAUCCACAGUUGGGAGGAUCUAUCAAUCGAACACUCUCUAAUUUGGAUGAAUUUGUGGUUGAGAGACGUUGGCCAAAGGAUGCAGCUUUGGGUUUGAAAAAUCGGCAUCCAGAUCUUUGCACUGUCUACAAACUUCUCAGUGAAAGCGGCUCAAUGUUUUGUCUCUACGACCUCCUUGUCUCUUUUUCGUCUAUUAUUGAGCCCAACUCAGAUCACAUCAGUCAAACAACUCAAGCUCGUUUUCUGCGUGCAAUGAGUGAAUUGGAAAUUCUUGGGUUCGCCCGAUAUACAGAACGACGAUCCGAUCAUGCCAUUAAAAAUCCACUUUUGGAACUGGUUGCGAGCCUUAAUGUCUAG